GAUUUCCUAUCCAUUUCUAUGUAUUAUUAUUUAUUAUCUACGAAUAGGUAUGAUAACUAUAUAAAAUAUUAUAUAUAAAUCGCUCCUCCUUAUUAGAGUGACCGUGUGGCAUGUAUGCACAAUCCCCUCCUCACUCCCAUUUGGAAACGAGCCUAGUUUUUUUUAUGCAUUUAAAAUUGUCAAAUAAACAAGAAAUUAUGAAGUCGAGGUGUAAAAAAGACCAUUUAUACACGACAAGUUAUGUCAAACAAUUCUAAACGCACCUCAUCCCCUCUUCCAGGCCUGCAUGGCAUAUAUUAUGUUUCAUGAUUUCCGUUGUAUACUCACACAUUUAUCAUUAUUAUUAUUAUUAUUAUUAAAAUUGUACAUUAUACGUUUUUUUUUUUGAAAUUUUGCCCAAAAAUCGACCCAUGGUCGGGGUCGUGGUGGGGAUACAGGGUUGGGAUUCUAAAUGUGUCGGAUACUCUCGUCGCACCAGUGUUGAUCGGCAACAUCCUGAUAAAAGCCAAAAGCCGUUUUAGUACAAUAAUAUAUAUUACAUAAGACAGACGGCCGCGUGUCGGCGACGGCGCGGCGCCUCAUCGUCGUCGUCGUCGUCACUGUACUUAGUUGUACGACAGUAAUCACAGUACAAUACUAUAAUACUACAUUUAAACAGAUAAACUUUAUAAAUAUAACAAGUCUUAUGACGUAAGAUCUUAAUCUAAUAAUCGUGUACAAAUAACGAACUAUUAAUUACAACAAUUUAUUAUCAUAUUAUUGUUAUUAUUAUUAUUAUAUUCGCAUUACAUAUUAUUAUAUUACAAUAUAUAUUGUACUACGGGUGGUCGCGCAUCAUCAUCAUGGAUCAAGACGAACAGUGUCUGGCACCGCAGCUGUGCCUCCGUUGCCUGUCGUAUGACCGCGACCGACAUAUCGCGGUCGUGUCCAACGCGGACGCGUGCACGUGCCCCGACGACGAGACGUGUCCUCACAACAAGAAGACCGCCGCUCUGCAGCUGUUGGUCCUCAGGAAAAAAAAGAUAAGUUUGCAGCAUCAGCAGACGUUAUCGACGACGAACAACGAAUCAAACAAGACCAUUGGCUGUGGUGUGCAGGAAUCGGACGGAGACGAUGACGACGACUGCUCCUCUUCGUCGUCGUCGUCGUCGUCGUCGUCAUCAUCAAGUAGCACUUCGUCCUGCUCGUCCUGCAGCAGUGGCGACACCACUAUGUCAGAAUCCGAAGAUGAUAGGUCACAGAUUAUCGGCAUGUCUGCGGAUUCGUCGCAAUAACAUAGUUUUUUUUGUAAUAAUUUGCUUCUCUUCUUGCGGUUGUUGCUGCUGCUAUUGCUACUGCUACUUUUACUGCCACCACUACUGCUGCUGCUACUGCUGCUGCUGCUGCUACUACUGCUACUGCUGCCACUAU